UGUUUCUAGAAAAUAAUAAGGAUGCGAUUUGCUUAAUGAUGUUUAAAUCAGUACCAUUACUUUCAUGCGCAAAUUCUCGACUUCGACAUGAAUGCAUUUUGGCUCUCUCUAGGAAUUGUUUUCUUCUGUGCAAGAAUCUCACAUCAAGAGAUAUGCACCGAACCGAAUACCAAAUUCUAUCCGCUGUUGGGUGUUAUAGAAUUUUGCAAACCUAAUGGCGAAAUUGGGGGAAUUAUUCUUUUUAGAGCUGCACCUCGUUGCGAAUGCAAAGAAGGAUUCGUUCGUUCUUCUGCAAAUGGUGGUAGAUGUAUUCGUAGAAAAGCCUGUAGGUUCCUCAUUAUUGAGAUAAAAGGUCAUGUGAUGCUUAGGAAGUCUAGAUCCGUUUCGGAAUAUCAUUACAUAUGA